CCUGGGUGUCACCACCAACCCGCUCCGGCCGGAAACUGGCGCUUGUUUCCGGCCGGACAGCCGAAACCCACCGAUCCUGAACCAGCCGCCGGAGCCGGAGUGGCGACGGGGUGUGGAGCGGGCAAAAAGCCGCUGGGGGAGGCCAGUCCCGAUCAGUCCCUUCUGGCUCCAGCUCCAGAUUCUGUGCGGAGCAACAGCUGCGGUCGCAGUCUCCACCGCCGCCUCCGCCUCCGCCUCCAUCGCCGUCGGGGGAGGGGCCGGCCGGACCCCGGGGUCACUGCCGAGGAAUGAGGAGAGGCGGCCGGGCCCCGCGCUCCGCCCCGGCCUAGGGCCUUGCCCCGGGAGCCUCGAGGGCUGAAUACCCGACCGCUCUCAUUUCCACUAUUGACCCAGCUUGCCUCAGGGCACCUCCCUGACAAAGUGGCCAGUUACUAUGUACUUAGAGAUUGCAAGCGAAUGCAAAUAUUAGCUCAUACUAGGAAUAAUUAAGAAGGUAGAGGCCUGAAAAUUGAUCUUUGUUCUACCUACAUCCAGCUGCCUGAAGGUGCUUAAUGAUCACAUGACCCUGGACAUGGAUGCUGUCCUGUCGGAUUUUGUCCGUUCCACAGGAGCAGAGCCAGGGCUGGCACGAGAUCUCCUUGAAGGAAAGAAUUGGGAUGUGAGUGCUGCCCUCAGUGAUUUUGAACAGCUACGUCAAGUCCAUGCUGGGAACCUACCUCCAUCCUUUAGUGAAGGAAGUGGUGGCUCCAGGACCCCAGAAAAAGGGCUUUCUGACAGAGAGCCUACUCGCCCUCCCCGACCCAUCCUACAACGGCAGGAUGACAUCGUUCAAGAAAAACGCCUGUCUAGGGGCAUCUCCCACGCCAGCUCCAGCAUUGUUUCCCUGGCCCGGUCCCAUGUCUCCUCCAAUGGUGGGGGUGGGGGGAGCAAUGAGCACCCCCUGGAAAUGCCCAUCUGUGCCUUCCAGCUUCCAGAUCUUACUGUGUAUAAUGAAGACUUCCGCAGCUUCAUAGAGAGAGAUCUCAUUGAGCAGUCCAUGCUGGUUGCCUUGGAACAGGCAGGGCGAUUGAACUGGUGGGUGAGUGUGGAUCCCACCUGUCAGAGGCUGCUUCCUUUGGCAACAACUGGAGAUGGGAACUGCCUCUUGCAUGCAGCCUCCCUUGGGAUGUGGGGUUUCCAUGAUCGGGACUUGAUGCUGCGAAAAGCUUUGUAUGCACUGAUGGAGAAGGGAGUUGAGAAGGAAGCGUUGAAAAGGCGCUGGAGGUGGCAGCAGACACAGCAGAAUAAAGAGUCGGGGCUGGUAUAUACAGAGGAUGAAUGGCAGAAGGAGUGGAAUGAACUCAUCAAGCUUGCCUCCAGUGAACCCCGAAUGCAUCUCGGUACCAAUGGAGCCAACUGUGGUGGGGUGGAGAGUUCUGAGGAGCCUGUAUAUGAAAGCCUUGAAGAGUUUCACGUCUUUGUCCUGGCUCAUGUGCUUAGAAGGCCCAUAGUCGUCGUGGCAGACACCAUGCUGAGGGACUCUGGAGGGGAAGCGUUUGCCCCUAUUCCUUUCGGAGGAAUCUAUCUGCCCUUGGAGGUCCCAGCCAGCCAGUGUCACCGCUCCCCUCUGGUGCUCGCCUAUGAUCAGGCCCACUUUUCUGCACUCGUGUCCAUGGAGCAGAAGGAGAAUACCAAGGAACAAGCUGUGAUCCCGCUUACAGAUUCAGAGUAUAAGCUGCUGCCUCUGCACUUUGCUGUGGACCCUGGAAAGGGCUGGGAGUGGGGCAAAGAUGACAGUGACAAUGUCCGAUUGGCCAGUGUAAUUCUGUCUCUAGAGGUCAAAUUACAUCUGCUACAUAGCUACAUGAAUGUGAAGUGGAUCCCACUGUCCCCUGAUGCACAGGCUCCUCUGGCCCAGCCUGAGUCCCCCACCGCCUCAGCGGGAGAUGAGCCCCGGUCCACUCCUGAGUCUGGAGACUCAGAUAAGGAGUCAGUUGGCAGCAGCUCCACCAGCAAUGAGGGCGGCCGGCGAAAGGAGAAGUCAAAGCGAGAUCGGGAGAAGGACAAGAAGAGAGCAGACUCUGUGGCUAACAAACUGGGCAGCUUUGGCAAAACCUUGGGCAGCAAGCUCAAAAAGAACAUGGGGGGCCUGAUGCAUGGCAAGGGUUCGAAACCUGGAGGGGUGGGGACAGGGUCAGGGGGAAGCAGUGGCACUGAGACACUGGAGAAGAAGAAGAAAAACGCACUGAAGAGCUGGAAGGGUGGCAAGGAGGAGGCAGCUGGGGAUGGGCCUGUGUCUGAGAAGCCCCCAGCUGAGUCUGUUGGUAACGGAGGGAGCAAGUAUAGCCAGGAGGUGAUGCAGAGCCUAAGCAUUCUGAGGACUGCCAUGCAAGGGGAGGGGAAGUUUAUUUUUGUUGGAACCCUGAAGAUGGGUCACCGUCACCAGUAUCAGGAGGAGAUGAUCCAGCGCUACCUUUCUGAUGCUGAGGAGAGAUUCCUGGCAGAACAGAAGCAGAAAGAGGCAGAGAGGAAGAUCAUGAAUGGAGGAAUAGGGGGUGGCCCUCCUCCAGCCAAAAAGCCAGAGCCAGAUGCUGGGGAGGAGCAGCUGACUGGCCCCCCAGCAGAGUCCAAGGCAAUGGCAUUUUCUACUGGCUACCCUGGGGGCUUUACUAUCCCUCGGCCUUCUGGGGGUGGAGUCCACUGCCAGGAACCCCGGAGGCAGUUGGCAGGGGGUCCAUGUGUCGGAGGCCUACCACCAUAUGCCACCUUCCCCAGACAGUGCCCUCCUGGGCGACCCUACCCCCACCAGGACAGCAUCUCUUCUCUGGAGCCAGGCAGUCAGUCUAAGGAUGGAGUUCACAGGGGUGCAUUGUUACCACCCUCCUACCGAGUGGCUGAUUCCUAUAGCAAUGGCUACAGAGAACCCCCUGAGCCAGAUGGAUGGGCUGGAGGUCUCCGGGGGCUUCCCCCCACCCAGACCAAAUGCAAACAACCGAACUGCAGCUUCUAUGGACACCCCGAGACAAACAACUUCUGUUCCUGUUGUUACAGGGAAGAACUGAGGCGGAGGGAGCGGGAGCCGGGUGGGGAGCUCCUGGUGCACAGGUUCUGAGCAGCUGGAGCACUGAAGGGCAAGGGGGCUAAACAAAGUUAAGCUCAACUAAUUGGCUCAUCAAGAACAGUCCCCAUACUGAUGGGGCAAAUGCAGUAAUGUCUGUGGGAGCCUGGCUGGAAACUUUUAAGUAUGUGCGCACAGGAGUGCUGCCGGGCUGGCAGGAGCAGGUUGGGGCUGGAUGGCGCCUCAAGGGCUGCACUAUUUCUCUGCAGAGCUUGACUUUAUGGGACUGAGGUACAAGGGGGAAAGAUGGCGAUUCUGUCUUAUAACCUCCUGGGUCCCAUCCAAGGACCUAAGAGAAAGUAGUAUGAGAAGGUUUGGUGUGUGGGGGUGGGAGGUGGGCAGAAGUCUUGGGGAGAAAUGGGCAAAGGAAGUUCUCAGUAAAUAAAAAAUAGACCAAAGUUCUUUAGGUUGGGGAAAGCACAUGGCGGUGGAGUGGGAAGUGUGGAGGGGAAGCGGGAAAUUGGACACAUUUGCUAUUGAUUUGAAUUAAGGUAGAAAUUAGGGUUGGAUAAAUUCUUCCCCUUGAAGGAUCUGGAAAGACAAGGCAGUAAUGUGUGCACAUGGGUGCCUGUUAGGAGGUGGGGGUAGUUUAAAUCCAUUGGUUGAGAUGGGAAAGGGAGGAACUUAAAAGGGAAAUCCUUUUCCUCUUAAGCUUUAUUUCCUUCCAGUCGUGUCAUCUGUUACAGUUUGAGAAGAGAUUGCUGAUUACCCCCCAUCUUCCUCAUCUAAAUCUUUAAUUGUAUUUUUUAAGCUCCCUAUGGGAAAGGGAAGAGUGUGGUGAGAAGAGUAGUCGUGUGUUGCAUUUUCUCCAGGUGAAUUGGGGCAGAGGUGAUCUAUUUCUUAACCAUAGCAAUAACCAUACAUUGGGGUUUGAGCACACCUUGGGAGGGGUGGGAGAACAGACAUUUUAGCCAGAUUGUUUCAAACAAAACCAAAAACCUAAAUAGAGCACUACCAUCCUCUGUGGCUGCUGCAUUUCUGUAGAAAGAAUUUAUUUUAUUGACUUUUUUUUUUUUUAAGGAAAAGAAACAAAAAGACCCCAACAAGCAAAAACAUUUUAAAAAAAGAUUUUUUUCUCCUACUUAAGUGGUUCCUUCUCCUUUUUCUCUACUUUUGGAGAAUGAACUUUAACAUCCCGGCUUCUUUUGUUAAGCCAUAGCUGACCUUAAUCUGUGGUUAGUUUAUUAAAAUAAAAAAUACUUUGUAAGAAGAGAUAUUUUUGAUAUUAGGACUGAUGUUGAAAUAUGGGGUGGGGAUUAGGGGCAAUUUAUAAAAAGGUAGUUAGAGAAAUAUAUUUUAGUGAACUAUAACCACAGAGCACAGAUAACUCCCAAUGAGCUGAUCUGUCUUUAGAUUUCUCCCUCUCCUUGACCCAUCCCUGUUCUCCAGGGGCUGGGAGUGGGGAUGUGGACACAGUAGGGGGAGCUCCUUUGCAUUUUGCACAAAGCACAAGUCUGGACAGCCUAUGCUCUGGCCAGAGCCAUUUCUAAGAGCUUUAAACCGGAAGACCCAUCCUGGGCCUAGUUUCCUUUUUCUUUAUAUUUUUUUCCGGGAAAAAAAAGUCAACUAUGCAAUUGUAUACACUCCCGGGUGCAUGUGAGGAAGGGGAAUAAGUGUACUUGUUAACGGGCUGUUUUUCUGUGUUUGGAUUUCUCUUUUGAGGUAUGUACUUGGAACUCAUCCCAUGGAAUGUAAUCCCCACAUCUGAUCUAAAGCAGUUGCACGUGCAUGAGUGCGUGCGUGCGUGCAUCUUCCUUCUUGGUAGCCAGUCAAGACUGUCCUGGUUGGGAAUGCUCACGGUUUAGAAAGGUUCUUUUCUCUUCAGCAAUCUCAGAAGUCACCUAUUUAAUUUCCUAUAGCUAUUAAUUCUUAGGUUUUUCUUUGAAAACAGGUUUGUUUUAAGGAAGCGGUGAGAUUCCAAGGGAAGGGAUAUGUAUAUGGGCAGGUCUGGAACCUGGUGUGAGAUGAGCACUCCCCAAAGGUGCAAAAUGUAAGGGGCCACCAUAAACCUCAUUCAGCAACAUACUUAAAAAAAUGCAGUAUUUUAAAAAAUUUAUGUUGAAUAAAAUAGUGAAAUCUUACAGGAUCUGACAGGACUGGGAUUAGGAGGAGGGAAGUGAGGCUGAAUUGAGGAUGAAUCCUCUUUAUUUAAAUAUUUGAUACAUUCUCCAUCAUAGUUUUUUUACAUUAAUUUUGAUUUUUUUUCCCCUGUGGAUAUUUAAGAUAAAGUGAUGAAUUAAUUUUGACUUUUUAAAAAUGUUGCAUUAAAGUAGUAUUCAUCUUGGUUAUUGGGUUUUUUGGCACUCUUGAAAUUUUGUGCCCAAGGUGACUGCCUUGCUCACCUCACCCUAGUUACGUCCCUAUUUCUGUGAUUUGAACAACACUAGUGAGAACACUGUGUGCGCCUCCACCCCCAUCACACACCAAACAACAGGGGGCUCAAACACCCUGAAUCUGCCCAACCCACCUCGCUUUCCUAAUUUAGGCCUUCAUACCAUAGGAUGCUGGCCUGGACCAACAGAAAUUCAAACAGACCAGGGGUUUUCCCAGAGAAUAAAGCCAGAAAAGUUUUGAUUCUCCGCUGGACUGCUGUGUUUGGAUUUGAUCUCUUAUUAGAUUCUAGUUAAUACUUUUGUUUUUAAAAACCGAGGACAAAUGAACAAAAACAAAACCUUGUAUCAUGUUUGUUUUUGUUUCUAUUUAUAAAUAGCCAAUCCCAAUUCCUUUUGCCGCCUUUUCAAAUAAAAGAUGGAAAUCUUGAAGGGUGGUCUAGGGAUUACUACGGUAAAAUGGGGCUUUAGGCCUCAUAGCUUUUUAUUAAGAAAUAAAUUAUUUUUUAUUUGGGAAGGUAACUAUUUAUUGAAGCAUUGAAAAACCUCUCCAUUCUAAGGAUGAAAGACCCUGAGACAAUGGAUAUAUGUUUGUAGGAGAUAGCGAAGUCUGUUUUGCUUCAUUAUUUGGGGAAAGGGCUCAGUGGGAUGUUGGGGAGGUGAAGGAAUAAUGCCUGGGAAAUUAAUGUAGACUCGGCUUGGUUUGUGGUAUUUGGGGAAGAGGAGGGAAUAGAAGAGGCAAGCCCAUGCCUUUACUGGACUGGGGAGAAGAAAAGAAGGGGCAUGUGACAUGCACUCAAAAUGGGCAGAAAAGUCCUUAGUUACAGAGCAGUAUGUGACUGAAGAGAGAAGGCAGACCCUUUAACCGUAGGUGAGGGAUGAUAGCAUCUCUCAGACUUAAAUUUAAGUGCACUUAUUUCCUUUCAUCCAGGGCAACUGGGGUACCUGCUGAAGUUUUUAAUGGAGGAAGCUUUUUCAGGGUUCUUGUUUUUCUCCUUUUGAUGUUAGUGCUACUCCCUCCCUGCCACACUCUGCCCCGUCUCCAAUGGAGUAAGUAUUACUGUAGGAUAGGCCUCCACAUCUCCCUUAACCUAUGCUGCGUUUAUUGAAAGUUACUAGAUUUAACCAGAAGUUUUUCCCCCAUACUGGUUUUUAUCAACAAAAUAAAAAGUUACAUCAAAAGAUUUUUUAAAGAUUCAGUCUUUUUAAGGAGCGGGGAUGGUGUUAAGCUCAGUGCUGUAGAGGGCCUUGGAAGGAAAGUACCUUCCCUCUGUGAGCUCAGUUGUUUUUUUCCUCAAGCAAAACUAAAGCCCACAGACAAGAAUUGGCAGUGACUUUGUGUUAUAUAUCUGGGGGGUGAUACUGAGCCCGCAAGAAUGAAGCUGGAUUUGAAUGUGUUCUGAGAACCUAGUUUUGGCCAUUCUUACUCCUUCUAGUCAUGUGUCCAAAGUUCCAGUCAGGUUUUUCUUUCUCAGUAAAGCAGUACUUUAAGAGAUGAUUAUCCUCGAAUUACUCAGACACCCCUGGACUCUGUGUCUUUUUUUUUUUGGAGACAGAGUCUUGCUCAGCCGCCCAGGCUGGAGUGCAGUGGUGUAAUCUUGGCUCAUUGCAUCCAUCGUCUCCUGGGUUCAAGCGAUUCUCCUGUUUCUGCCUCCUGAGUAGCUGGGAUUACAGGCACCUGCCAUCAUGCCUGGCUAAUAUUUGUAUUUUAAUAGAGAUGGUGUUUCACUAUGUUGGCCAGGUGGUCUUGAACUCCUGGCCUCAGGUGAUCCACCUGCCUAGGCCUCCCAAAGUGCCAGGGUUACAGGUAUGAGCCACCUCAUCUGGCCUCUGUCUUUCUCCAAUGAGUGAGUGCCCCAGACAUACAGCCACAAGUGAGAAGAAGACAGACUUAAAAACACCUUCCCAGCCUGGAAUCACCUGCACUCCAGAUUUGUCUAAUACCCUUCUUUCCCACCAGGCCUUUCAACUGUAGAUUUGGAUGAGUCAUGUAGGCAUUCUGUCUCUCUCACUUUGCAGACAUCCAGUCUGCAAAUCACGGGAUGUUUUGCCCCUGUAUGUCAAUUGGGUAACAAAGUAUUAUAAUGUCCCCACAUAGACUUUCUCCGUGCCACCUUCUGCAUUGGCCAUGUGGGUAAGGGGUGGUAGAAAAGAGCAACGGAAGCUGGCUGGCAGUAGUUAAGAGGAGUGGGGGUGGGAAGGACCUUGGCCUCUUUCUGUGCUUAUAACUGGAUAUAUGACUCAUCUUGUGAGUCAUUCAACUCCACCUCCCUCCUCCUGCUGCCCCUCCCAGCAGCCUUCACUCCUGGCACAAACCUGCAGCCAGACCAAGAUUCUGAAAAUGGAAAAAUCUGAUACAGUCCCUUGCCUUUCCACCCUCCCUCCCCUUUAUCUAGUACUUCUACUGGGGAUGUGUGGGGUGGUGAGAGGAGUCUUAACCCUCAGCUCCUGCCCAUUCCAUUCCUGAUUAGGUGUUGAUCCAAAUCCAAAUUGCCCAAUUCUUUUCUCCCCCUGAUUUCCCCAAUUUUUUUUUUUUAGACGGGAGUUUUGCUCUUGUCGCCCAGGAUGAAGUGCAAUGGCGCUCACUGCAACCUCUGCCUCCUAGGUUCCAGCAAUUCUGCCUCAGCCUCCUGAGUAGCUGGGAUUACAGGCACCCACCCCUAUGCCUGGCUAAUUUUUGUAGUUUUUUUUUUUUUUUUUUAGUAGAGAUGGGGUUUCAUCAUGUUGGCUAGGCUGGUCUCAAACUCCUGACCUCAGGUGAUCCGCCCACCUCAGCCCCCCAAGGUGCUGGGACUAUAGGCAUGAGCCACCCCCGCCCCCAAUUUUUUUCUCUGUGUUCCUCCACUGUCUCCACACUUCAAAGUGCUAAAGAAUAGAAUGAGGCUCUUGAAUGAAGGAUGGUGGUGAGAAGGAAAGUGGAUAAUGGGAUUUAAAGUUGUAGUACACACCUCUUUCUAUUUUUUUUUUUUUUUUUCUUUUUUGAGGGAGUCUUGCUUGCUCUGUCACCCGGGCUGGAGUAUAAUCAUGAGAUCUUGGCUCACUGGAACCUCCACUAAGCGAUUCUCCUGCCUCAGCCUCUGGAGUAGCUGGGAUUACAGGUGUGAGCUACCAUUCCCAGCUAAUUUUUUUUUUUUUUAGACAGAGUCUGGCUCUGUUGCCCAGGCUGGAGUGCAGUGGCGCGAUCUUGGCUCACUGCAACCUCAGCCUCCUGGGUUCAAGCAAUUCUGCCUCAGCUUCCUGAGUAGCUGGGACUACAGACGCGUGCCACCAUGCCCAGCUUAUUUUCAUAUUUUUAGUAGAGAUGGGGUUUUGCCAUGUUGGUCAGGCUGGUAUCAAACUCCUGACCUCGUGAUCCACUCACCUCGGCCUCCCAAAGUGCUGGGACUACAGAUGCAUGCCACCGAGGCCGGCUAAUUUUUGUUUGUUUAGUAGAGACGGGGCUUCACCAUGUUGUCCAGGCUGGUCCUGAACUCCAGAUCUCAAGCGAUCUGCCGCAUGCCAUGGCCUCCUAAAGUGCUGGGAUUACAGGCGUGAGUCACUGCGCCUGGCCCCUAUUUUCUUAUUACAACAGACCUUGGGAAGUAUUUUCUUCCCCCAAGAGGUUGAGGCCCGUGGAAUGCAUGGGAGUGAGAUGGGGUGGGUGCUCUGUAGCCUUUAGGACUAAUAGACUCAGGCUUCUGGGCCACCGUCCCAGCAGGUGUAUUCCUCUUUGUUCCAGACUGACUUCCUGUCUCACAAUAUCUUCACUGUUUCCACAGUUGCAGCCAAGACAGGAAACUUUGAAAGCUGAGGCCAGAAGGGUGGUGUACCAGGGGAGGAGAAAAUCAAGUGUCACUUUGGAAAACUGGGGCCCCCACCUAAGGAUUGCUGCCUCUGUAGAUUCAAAAGCAAUAAAACAGCAGCUCAUUAACUCUUA